ACUUAUGUAGUCGUCAGUAGCACACGCGAAGACAACGUCUUGAGGCAGCAAUGUUAGAAAUCUAUAUCAACAAAAAGUUUUGAAAUCAACUCACUUUAAAGAAAAUUAAACAUGGAAAAUUUAGGAGAUAUUUUGCCCAACGAUACAGUGACAGAAUUAUUAUUUUUUGUCAACGGAAAAAAGGUAAUCGAACCUUCUCCGGACCCAGAGUGGACAUUAUUAUGGUACCUGCGCAAAAAGCUUCAACUAACCGGCACAAAGUAUGGCUGCGGAGAGGGCGGUUGCGGUGCCUGUACUGUCAUGAUUUCUCAAUACUCACCACAAGAUAAACGUGUAGAACAUAUCGCAAUAAAUGCAUGCUUAAUGCCGAUUUGUGCAGUGCAUGGAUUGGCUAUAACUACCGUUGAAGGAAUAGGUAAUGUACAAGAUAAAUUACAUCCAGUUCAAGAAAGAAUUGCCAGAGCUCACGGAUCCCAGUGUGGAUUUUGCACACCUGGGAUUGUCAUGUCAAUGUAUGCUCUUAUUAGAAGUAAAAGUAAUAUAGAUUUCGACAGUAUAGAAACAUCAUUACAAGGAAACCUAUGCAGAUGUACAGGUUAUAGACCUAUAAUAGAAGGGUUUAAAACCUUUGUGGAUGUUAUUGAAGGUGCAAAAGAAAAAACUACAGCUUGUGUUAUGGGCCAAGAUUGCUGUAAAUUCAAUAAAAAUAAUAAAGAUUUUCUGUACAAUAAGUCGGAAUUCAAGCCUUAUUGUCCAACACAGGAACCAAUUUUUCCACCUGAGUUAAUUUUGAACGACCAUUAUCAUAAAUCUUUUCUAUUUUAUAGGGGUAAGAAUAUUGUAUGGUUUCGUCCACAAAAUUUUAAACAGAUGCUACUUUUAAAGCAAAAAUACCCCGAUGGUAAAAUUGUAGUAGGAAACACGGAAAUAGGUGUAGAGUUGAAAUUCAAAAAAAAAUGUUACCCAAUAUUGAUUUCUCCUAAGUUAAUUAAGGAAAUGAAUAACAUAGAUAUUAAAAAUGAUUGUGUACAGAUAGGGGCAGCAGUUUCUUUGAAGAACGUGGGAGUUUUUAUUCAGGAUAUAAUUAAAAAAUAUAAAGGAAAAGCGAAGAUUUUAGAAGCGAUAAAUGAUAUUCUUCAUUGGUUCGCUGGCAGUCAAAUCCGCAACGUUGCAUCGAUUGGAGGAAAUAUUAUGACAGCCAGUCCAAUAUCAGAUCUAAAUCCCAUAUUUAUGGCUUGUUCCGCUACGAUUGUAGCCUAUAGUUUGGAAAGAGGAGAAAGAAAGUUAACGAUCGAUCAUAAUUUCUUUCAAGGAUACAGAAAAGUGGCUUUAGACAAAGAUGAAGUAAUUUUAGUUAUUGAACUUCCUUUUACAGAUGACAUGCAAUACUUUAAAACAUACAAACAAGCUAGACGCAGAGAGGAUGAUAUAUCAAUAGUUACCGCUGCAUUUAAUGUUAAAAUAGAUAAACAAUUAACUAUUAAAGAAAUCAUGUUAUGUUUUGGAGGAAUGGGUCCCACAACAGUAUGUACUUUAAAAACGGCAGACGCCUUACAAAAUCUUACUUGGAAUGAAGAUAUGGUUAACGUUGCUUUCAAGGAACUUAACAACGAGUUAACGCUAGAUAGUUCUGUACCAGGUGGAAUGCCUGAAUAUCGUAAAUCGCUAUGUCUUAGUUUAUUUUUCAGAUUCUACAUUUAUGUGCUAAAUGAAAUAAAAUGUUAUGGGUUUGAAAUAGAUAAUAAAGAUUUAUGUGGGUCUUCAGAGCUAUUACGGUUACAACCAACAAGUUCUCAAUGUUUUGAAAUAAAGGACACUACUAGAAACAACUACGAUACCGUUGGAAAACCUAUACCUCAUUUAUCAGCUAUGAAGCAAGCUACGGGUGAAGCAAUUUAUUGCGAUGAUAUUCCAAGUGUGGAAGGGGAACUAUUUUUAUGUUUAGUAAUUAGUACAGAAUCACAUGCAAAAAUUGUAUCUAUAGACUCAAGCAAAGCUUUUUUAAUGCCGGAAGUAGUGGCAUUUUUUUCUGCUUCCGAUUUAGUAAAAGAACGCAAUAAAAUGGGUCCUAUAAUAAAGGAUGAAGAAAUAUUUGCUGAUGAAAUAGUUACUAGUCGUUCUUGUGUAAUUGGUGCUGUGGUUGCUAAAACAGAGAGUGCCGCAAGAAAAGCUAAAGACUUAAUCAAAAUUACAUAUGAAAAAAUUCAGCCCGUAAUAAUUACUAUUGAGGAAGCUAUUCUUCAGGGCUCAUUUUAUCAACAGCAACCAAGAAUAUUAGAAAAAGGAAACAUCAAAGAUGCUUUAUUGAAAUCAACUCACGUCAUAGAAGGGUGUAUUAGGAGUGGUGCUCAGGAACAUUUUUAUUUAGAAACAAUUUCAGCUUAUGCUGCUAGGAAAGAAGAUGAAUUGGAAAUUAUAUGCACAACGCAGAGUCCAGCAGACGUAGCACUUAGGAUAGCCGAAACGCUAGGUAUACCAAAUCACAAAGUGAUAGCUAAAGUUAAAAGAAUAGGUGGUGGUUUUGGUGGAAAAGAAACAAGGUCGUCUUUACUAGCAGUACCUGUGGCUAUUGCUGCAUAUACAUUGAAAAAACCAGUUAGAGCAGUUUUGGAUAGAGACGAAGACAUGCAAAUUACUGGCUAUAGACAUCCAUGUCUCAUUAAUUACAAGGUCGCAUUUGAUGAUGAGGGCAAGAUUGCCGGUGUAAUUUACGAUGUUUAUGUUAAUGCGGGAAAUUACAUGGAUAUUUCUUGCGCGAUGAUAGAAAGAGUAAUUACACAUGUUGAUAACUGUUAUUACAUUCCAAACAUACAAGUUAAAGGCUAUCUUUGUAAAACAAAUUUGCCAUCGAACACAGCUUUUAGAGGAUUCGGUGCACCACAGGCAAUGUUAGCAGCAGAAACUAUGAUAAGGAAUGUAGCUGACGCUCUUGGAAAAACAUAUGAAGAAGUUGUACACAUAAAUCUUUAUCAGGAAGGAAAUUUAACUCAUUUUAAUCAAAUGCUUACAUAUUGCACAAUAUCCCGAUGUUGGAAGGAGUGUAUAGAAAAUUCUAAUUAUUGGCAAAGAAAAAAAUUAGUAGAUGAUUAUAACAGAUCAAACAGGUGGAAAAAGAAGGGUCUUACUAUAGUUCCAACAAAAUAUGGAAUUUCAUAUCAAACCGACUGCUUAAUGCAAGGUGGAUGCUUACUAUUGGUCUAUAAUGAUGGUUCAGUUCUACUAUCUAUAGGUGGAGUAGAAAUGGGUCAAGGACUUUUUACUAAAAUGAUUCAAGUAGCGUCUCGUGCAUUGGACGUAGAUAUAUCUAAAAUUCAUAUAAGCGAAAUGGCUACCGAUAAAGUACCAAAUAGUCAACCUACAGCAGCAAGUAUAAGUUCAGAUUUAUAUGGAAUGGCUAUAAUUAACGCUUGUGAUACUCUUAAAAAAAGGUUAGAACCAUACAAAAAUGGGAACCCGAAUGGGAAAUGGGAAGAUUGGGUUAAAGCGGCAUACUUAGACAAAAUAUGUUUAUCAGCAACUGGUUUCUAUGCUGCACCAAAAAUAGAAUACGAUCGAGAAAAAAAUUUUGGAAAUUUGUUUGAAUAUUUUACUUAUGGUGUAGCAUGUACAGAAGUUGUAAUAGAUUGCUUGACUGGUGAUCACCAAGUUUUAAGAACAGAUAUCGUAAUGGAUGUUGGGGAAAGUUUAAAUCCUGCAAUAGAUAUUGGGCAAAUCGAAGGUGCUUUCAUUCAAGGAUAUGGGUUUUUUACCAUGGAAGAAAUGUUAUUUUCUCAAAGCGGCGAAGUCCUUUCCAAGGGUCCGGGCGCAUACAAGAUACCUGGUUUUUCUGAUAUACCAAAAGAAUUUAAUAUUUCGCUGCUCAAGGGUGCACCUAAUCCACGAGCUGUUUAUUCUUCGAAGGCAAUAGGAGAACCUCCACUGUUUUUGUCUGCGUCAGCUUAUUUCGCCAUUAAAGAAGCCAUUAAAUCUGCUAGAGCUGAUGCAGGAUUUGAUACGCGAUUUACACUAGAUGUACCAGCAACAUGUGCCCGGAUUAGAAUGGCUUGUGAGGAUCAUAUUACUGAACAGGUUAAGCCUACUAUAAAGAAAACAGCUAAACCGUGGAACAUUAUUCCUUAAAAUUUAGUAUUUAAUAAUUAUUUAAAAGAACAG